AGAAAAUUAUUAGAUGGUCUUUAUGAAUGUGUGUUAUGUGCAUGUUGUUCUACAUCUUGUCCCUCAUAUUGGUGGCAUCCAGAUAGAUAUCUCGGUCCAGCUGUGCUUAUGUAAGCAUAUAGAUGGAUUGUUGAUUCUAGAGAUGAAUAUACAGAUGAAAGAUUAGAAAAAUUAGGUAUUUCUUACAUUCUUACAUAUAGCUGAGGAUGUUAAGGUUGAAGAUUGUUAAAAUAUUGGUAUGUGCUCUUUUACAUGCCCUAAAGGACUUGAUCCAUAAAAAUCUAUGAAUCAUUUAAUGAAAUUGAUUGAAGAAUAUAAAGAAAGAAAGAUUGCUUCUGCCACAUUAUGACAUUAUCA